CGUCUGAGCCAAUUUACUGCAGUGGAUAACAGAUAGUAAGUCUGACCACUAGAAAGCGAUUAUGAAGUUCUCGGCGGCGCUGCUACUCGGCUUACUGAGUGUCGCGCUGACGCUCGCAGAGCCAAAGAGUGGCCGUCGUAUUGUACGGCGGGUGGUAGAGCGUGAUAUCCCAGUCAACGAGACUGUAUAUGAGACCAGAGAGAUCCCAGUCAACCAGACUGUAUACGUGACUCGAGAGGUCCCAGUCGAGACUGUGAUUACACAUGAACACGUCGUCACCGAACGUAACGUGAAAGAAGAGUAUGAGAUCUCCAACCAAACGCAGUACGAAACGCAGGUCAUAAGUCAAGAAGGAAGCAGCGAGUCUCAAGAUUACGAAAGCGAUCAGACCGUGACCGACAAUUCGUAUCAAGAUGUUUCUACCCAGGACAAUGAGACCGAGUCGUCAGGAUCGGAUGGGGAGGUCACACAGUACCGCAACGAAAGAGGUCAACUUGUCAAAAGGAGGAAGAAAACGAGAAAAGUGACCAAGAAGCUUAGGCACAUCGAGGCCAUAUCCGAAAGUGUGCAGCAUUUCUCCGAAUCGCUUAAGAAAGCUUGCGGGGCCAAAGAAGAAGAUGAUACAGAAAAAAUUCUGUACGCUUUGACCGGCUCAAAAGAUGAAACCACCUCUAUUGAAUAUAUGAAGAAAGUCACUGGUAUUACUACCGUUGAGUCAAUUCACGAGUUCAUCAGUCGCAUAAGCGGCAGCAGGAGAAUUGAAGAAAUCAUCGAGUUCUUUGUGUUGUUCCAAGGUUCCUCAGACGUGAGCAAUAUUGUCUUUGUAUUGAAGAUAAUGACCAACGAAAUAGAUUGCUUCAAGGCAUUCGAUAUUAUCCAGAUAAUGACUGGACACAAUGAUAUCGAUGGUGUCAUUGAAAUCUUACAAAACAUCACUGGAGAAAAGGAUCUGAAUGGUCUGGCACACUUCUUCCGCCACAUCUCCAAGACUAAUGGUCUCGAUGGAUUAGAACGUUACAUCAAGAAGAUCACCGGAGGAGUUGGUUCCGAAGACUUCCCCGCUGUCUACGAGGCCUUGAGCGUAGAACUUGAUGUGAGGACAACUUUGAAAAUCCUUAUUAACUGCACCAGAACAAACGAUAUUGGUGAAGCAAUCGUUGUGUUCAUUAAGAUCUUGAAAUGCAAGAGUUUUUCUGAAAGUAUCAGGAUCAUGAAGAAGGCCACCGGGCAAUCUCAACUCAAAUACUCUUUGGAAGAAAUGACUCAAGUCACACACAUACCAAGUCUUAUAGUGAUAUUGGAAAAACUCUACCUUAUGACUGGCCGUGACUCCUUGGAGCAAUGCCAGCAAGUUUUCAAGGAGGUCUUCCAGGCUGAGACCAUCGUGGAAGUCAUCCACAAGAUCAACAAGGUGACGAAACGAAAGGACGCCAUCACUGUUUUGAACUCGUUGCUCGAGUUAACGAAGACCACCAGGAUCCAAGACGUGUACACAGUACUCAAGAAAUUGGUCUGCAAGCAUUCAUCUCUCAGUUUCCUGGACAUCUUGCAACAGAUCAGGAUUAAAUCAGGAUGUGAAGAUGUCAUUGAUUUCUUCAGGAAACUUAUCAAAUAUACUGGGACCAAGACAUUGCAACAAGCUUGGGUAAUUAUAGUGAAAAUGACACAAACUGAAGAUAUUAUUGACCUGAUCACUAUUAUGAGGAAGUUCACCAAAGUGGAUAUGUGCUCGUUCAUAGAGGUUGUGAUCAGAAUCACGAACACAACCACAUUUGAGGAGGCAGUGUAUAAAAUUGUUAAAAUUACUAAGACAAAACAUAUCGUCCAAUGCAUGGAGAUGAUCCACGAAGUCAUUAAAAUUGAUGUCAUCUCGUUCCUUAAGCAAAUCAUUCUUAUCAAGAAGACGAUAACGUUUGAAGAAAUCAUUACCAUGAUAGAGGAGUACACAGAAACCACAACUUUCACCGAGGCUCUUAGAAUACUUAAGAUUCGGAAAGUUGAUAUCGUGAAGACUCUUACACGGCUCAUAAAAGAAAGGGAAGAGAUUGAAUAUGAGGAGUAUUACGACUAUGAGGACGAUGACAAAAAGCCUCACCAUUCCCAUAAACCACAUAAACAGCAUGGACCACAUAAGACCCACAAAAAACAUAAGCCACAUAGACCUCAUAAGCACCACAGACCACAUAGGUCUCACAAACCGAGUGAACAAAAUAAUCAAGGAAAGCCGACGAAACCAGAUGGAUCAAAGCCACGUAAGCCAAACAAACCGAGUGAACUAAAUAAACCAAAUAAGCCGACUAAACCAGUUCAGCCAGAAAAGCCUAAGGAACCAGGAAAUCCGGAGCAUCCAGAAAAAACUGAGAAACCAGGAAAGCGAGGGCAUCCAGAAAAGCCUAAUAAAUCACAAAAGCCUUGUGGAACACACCCACCAGGUCGGCCUGGCCAACCAGGAGAGUCAAAAAAACCCGGAGUACCAGAGCAAAAACCAGAACAACCUGUCAAACCAGGAAAGCUAGAGCAUCCAGUAAAGCCUGUGAAACCAGGAAAGCCAGGGCAAACAGAAAAGCCAGAGCAGCCAGAAAAGCCUGAGAAACCAGGAGAGUCAAAGCAACCAGUAAAGCCAGGGAAAACAGGAAAGCCAGAGCAGCAAGAAAAGCCUAAGAAACCAGAAAAGCUACCACAUAGGCCUCACCAUCCGGAAAAUCCUAAUAAAUCACAAAAGCCUUGUGGACCACAUAAGACCCACAAAAAACAUAAGCCACAUAGACCUCACGAGCACCACAGACCACAUAGGUCUCACGAACCGAGUGAACAAAAUAAUCAAGGAAAGCCGACGAAACCAGAUGGAUCAAAGCCACGUAAGCCAGAAAAGCCUAAUAAAUCACAAAAGCCUUGUGGAGCACAUCCACCAGGUCGGCCUGACCAACCAGGAGAGGCAGAAAAACCCGGAGUACCAGAGCAACCAGAAGAGCCAGGGCAGCAAGAAAAGACUGAGAAACCAGAAAAGCUACCACAUAGGCCUCACCAUCCAGGAAAGCCUUGUGGAACACACCCACCAGGUCGGCCUGGUCAACCAGGAGAGUCAAAAAAACCCGGAGUACCAGAGCAAAAACCAGAACAACCUGUCAAACCAGGAAAGCUAGAGCAUCCAGUAAAGCCUGUGAAACCAGGAAAGCCAGGGCAAACAGAAAAGCCAGAGCAGCCAGAAAAGCCUGAGAAACCAGGAGAGUCAAAGCAACCAGUAAAGCCAGGGAAAACAGGAAAGCCAGAGCAGCAAGAAAAGCCUAAGAAACCAAAAAAGCUACCACAUAGGCCUCACCAUCCGGAAAAUCCUAAUAAAUCACAAAAGCCUUGUGGAACACACCCACCAGGUCGGCCUGGCCAACCAGGAGAGUCAAAAGAACCCGGAGUACCAGAGCAAAAACCAGAACAUCCUGUCAUACCAGGAAAGAUAGAGCAUCCAGCAAAGCCUGUGAACCCAGGAAAGCCAGGGCAAACAGAAAAGCCAGAGCAGCCAGAAAAGCCUGAGAAACCAGGAGAGUCAAAGCAACCAGUAAAGCCAGGGAAAACAGGAAAGCCAGAGCAGCAAGAAAAGCCUAAGAAACCAAAAAAGCUACCACAUAGGCCUCACCAUCCGGAAAAUCCUAAUAAAUCACAAAAGCCUUGUGGAACACACCCACCAGGUCGGCCUGGCCAACCAGGAGAGUCAAAAGAACCCGGAGUACCAGAGCAAAAACCAGAACAUCCUGUCAUACCAGGAAAGAUAGAGCAUCCAGCAAAGCCUGUGAACCCAGGAAAGCCAGGGCAAACAGAAAAGCCAGAGCAGCCAGAAAAGACUGAGAAACCAGGAGAGUCAAAGCAACCAGUAAAGCCAGGGAAAACAGGAAAGCCAGAGCAGCAAGAAAAGCCUAAGAAACCAAAAAAGCUACCACAUAGGCCUCACCAUCCGGAAAAUCCUAAUAAAUCACAAAAGCCUUGUGGAACACACCCACCAAGUCGGCCUGGCCAACCAGGAGAGUCAAAAGAACCCAGAGUACCAGAGCAAAAACCAGAACAUCCUGUCAUACCAGGAAAGAUAGAGCAUCCAGCAAAGCCUGUGAACCCAGGAAAGCCAGGGCAAACAGAAAAGCCAGAGCAGCCAGAAAAGCCUGAGAAACCAGGAGAGUCAAAGCAACCAGUAAAGCCAGGGAAAACAGGAAAGCCAGAGCAGCAAGAAAAGCCUAAGAAACCAAAAAAGCUACCACAUAGGCCUCACCAUCCGGAAAAUCCUAAUAAAUCACAAAAGCCUUGUGGAACACACCCACCAGGUCGGCCUGGCCAACCAGGAGAAUCAAAAGAACCCGGAGUACCAGAGCAAAAACCAGAACAUCCUGUCAUACCAGGAAAGUUAGAGCAUCCAGCAAAGCCUGUGAACCCAGGAAAGCCAGGGCAAACAGAAAAGCCAGAGCAGCCAGAAAAGCCUGAGAAACCAGGAGAGUCAAAGCAACCAGUAAAGCCAGGGAAAACAGGAAAGCCAGAGCAGCAAGAAAAGCCUAAGAAACCAAAAAAGCUACCACAUAGGCCUCACCAUCCGAAAAAUCCUAAUAAAUCACAAAAGCCUUGUGGAACACACCCACCAGGUCGGCCUGGCCAACCAGGAGAGUCAAAAGAACCCGGAGUACCAGAGCAAAAACCAGAACAUCCUGUCAUACCAGGAAAGAUAGAGCAUCCAGCAAAGCCUGUGAAACCAGGAAAGCCAGGGCAAACAGAAAAGCCAGAGCAGCCAGAAAAGCCUGAGAAACCAGGAGAGUCAAAGCAACCAGUAAAGCCUGUGAAACCAGGAAAGCCAGAGCAGCACGAAAAGCCUAAGAAACCAAAAAAGCUACCACAUAGGCCUCACCAUCCGGAAAAUCCUAAUAAAUCACAAAAGCCUUGUGGAACACACCCACCAGAUCGGCCUGGCCAACCAGGAGAGUCAAAAGAACCCGGAGUACCAGAGCAAAAACCAGAACAUCCUGUCAUACCAGGAAAGAUAGAGCAUCCAGUAAAGCCUGUGAACCCAGGAAAGCCAGGGCAAACAGAAAAGCCAGAGCAGCCAGAAAAGCCUGAGAAACCAGGAGAGUCAAAGCAACCAGUAAAGCCAGGGAAAACAGGAAAGCCAGAGCAGCAAGAAAAGCCUAAGAAACCAAAAAAGCUACCACAUAGGCCUCACCAUCCGGAAAAUCCUAAUAAAUCACAAAAGCCUUGUGGAACACACCCACCAGGUCGGCCUGGCCAACCAGGAGAGUCAAAAGAACCCGGAGUACCAGAGCAAAAACCAGAACAUCCUGUCAUACCAGGAAAUAUAGAGCAUCCAGCAAAGCCUGUGAAACCAGGAAAGCCAGGGCAAACAGAAAAGCCAGAGCAGCCAGAAAAGCCUGAGAAACCAGAAAAGCUACCACAUAGGCCUCACCAUCCGGAAAAUCCUAAUAAAUCACAAAAGCCUUGUGGACCACAUAAGACCCACAAAAAACAUAAGCCACAUAGACCUCAUGAGCACCACAGACCACAUAGGUCUCACGAACCGAGUGAACAAAAUAAUCAAGGAAAGCCGACGAAACCAGAUGGAUCAAAGCCACGUAAGCCAGAAAAGCCUAAUAAAUCACAAAAGCCUUGUGGAGCACACCCACCAGGUCGGCCUGACCAACCAGGAGAGGCAGAAAAACCCGGAGUACCAGAGCAACCAGAAGAGCCAGGGCAGCAAGAAAAAACUGAGCAACCAGAAAAGCUACCACAUAGGCCUCGCCAUCCGGAAAAGCGUAAUGAAACACAAAAGCCUUGUGGACCACACCCACCAGGUCGGCCUGGCCAACCAGGAGAGACAAAAAAACCCGGAGUACCAGAGCACCAACCAGAAAAGCCAGGGGAACCGAGAAAGCCUCAGAAACCAGAUGAGCCACGACAACCAGAAAAAUCUCAAUAUCCGACGCAACCACAACCACCGUGCUACAAGCCAGGAACACAUGCACUGGAAACCAGCUUGAAUUUGAAGGUUAUGAUUCUACCCAAUGGCAAGACAGGCAAGAAUUGCUAUUGUGUGUGCCAAGCCACUGGCCCCCCGAAAAUAAUACCACUUUCGCAGAUACCCCGCACACUUGAGACCAUCGAAGUAAAAUGAGAAUAAUCCUACGCGAACUAAACGAUUCCAUCCACAAAGCAACACGGAAGGCAUAGCCAUAUUUAAAAUUUAACGAAAUCAACUACUCAGACCCGUCUUUCCCAGUGGGCACUUUGGGCAAGUGCCCAGGGCCCCGCGAUCGAUCAAAUACAAAGUCCCUAGUUCUUGUUAAAUCACCAAACGGAAGUCAUAGAGGCCCCAUUAUCCUAAUAUGCCCAGGGCCUCCAAUAGGUCAAAGACGGCACUGCAACCACUUAUUGACAAUGUGAACAAUGCCAUCUUUAAAGUAGUUCACUGGUUUAAUGCUAAUAAUUUACUUCUUAAUGAAGAUUAAACUUAAUGUUUAAAAAAAAUACUACCCAAUGUAAAGCUGACACAAACCCAUGUAACUGUUAAGGAUAGGAAUAUAGACCAGGUGGACACUACAGUAUUCUUAGACAUUACUUUUGAUUCGAAGCUUCAGUGGGGCCCACAUAUUGAGAAAUUGUCGAAGAGAUUUACCUUAACAUGCUUGGAAUUGGAUUGAAUUCAAUAGGCGACAUAAUGGUGGCGAUUCUGACACGAUUCUCUAAACUUAAAAACUAAAUUUUACAUCAGUCUCUCCUUUUCAUUCAGUACAGAGAAAGACAAGGAUGCACUGUUGUCAAAUUUAAGUUUAGGUUUAGAGAACCAUGCCAGAAUCGACACUUACUAUACUAAUCUUAACUACGUAAGCGUAAAAACGAGAAGAUUAGAAUAGUAUUAUGUCGCCUAUUCAAUUUAAACUGAACAAAACUGUAAUUACGGCACUCGCACAUAAACCAACAAAUCCUGCACACUUCAUGUGAAAAAAUUCGACAGCGGGGAAAGUUCCGUAUGCCAAGAUCUUUUUACUUCCCUCCUGGCCGCGUCGGCCGUGUUGCUCUAUAAUUUAAUCGCUUAUAACUUUGUUACCUUGUGUAAACUUAACAUUUCAUGUAAGUUAACCUUUUUAUUAUUAUAUAAAGUAUCUUCAGAUUUUAUUUUCAGUAAGUCGUACUUCAAUAAAUCUAUUACUAUCUAAUACGACUUAGUGAAGUUAUUGUUAAUGUAAUGGAUGUAUUUCAAUUAAUAAAUUAUAGUAUUAUUAAAGCUGUGUGUUUUAAUUGUUGAUCAUCGAUAGCUACUCCGAUCUCGUAUUUAAUAAAUUAACUUCCUGUAAAGUGGUUAAAUGCAAGAACAAACGGUUCCGUUUCUAGGCCGCGUUGUUUCAUCUUUAGUUAAAAUACUAGAGAAAAUUUUAAACAUUAUUUUGCCAUUUGACACAUUCACUGUGUAUUUCAUAUAGUCAAAUACAACUAUGGAUGGAAU